CGCCGCCGUGGAGGACACGAGCAUGGCGCACCUCGCCGGGCUCCUGCUGCUGCUCGCGCCGUGGAGCGCGACUCUCACCUGGGGUGCCUCUCCGUGUCAGAAAGGUGAGUUCCCGUGCCGCAGCGGCCGCUGUGUGUCUGCUCGUCUUCGCUGUGACGGCGUGGACGACUGCGGCGACGGGAGCGACGAGGCGGCGUGCCCCGGCUGCUCCGCCCCCGGCUGGUUCUCCUGCGGGCCGCCCGACGCCUGCCUGCCCAGAGAGCGUGUGUGUGACGGGCGCCGCGACUGCAGAGACGGGCGUGACGAGGCUCCGCCGCGGUGCCGCUCGUCCGGGCCGCCGCCGCCGCCACCCAGCACGCCGCCGCCGUGCACGCCGGCCGAGUUCCGGUGCGGAGACGGCCGCUGCAUCCGCCAGAGCUGGAGGUGUGACCACGCGGAGGACUGCUCCGACGGCAGCGACGAGGACGCCUGUGGUGAGUCUCUGGAGGAUGCAGUUCACCGACCCGCCAGCAGAGGGCGCCGUGGCACCGCUCUACAGUUACCUUCAGCCGCUGCUCUUAUUCUAGAUCAGGACGAGUGUCUGCUGGAUAACGGCGGCUGCUCUCAUGUGUGUGUGGACGAGCCGCUCGGCUUCCACUGCGCCUGCCCCCCCGACAUGAGGCUGCUGGGGGACAGCCGCUGUGAAGAGCUGGACGCCUGCCUGCAGAGCGACGGCUGUGACCAGCUGUGCCUUCAGCUCAACGGCAGCUUCACCUGCAGCUGCAGCCGCGGCUACCAGAGGACGAGCAGCGGGGGCUGCAGCGCGACGGGCGCUGAGGCUCAGCUGGUCUUCAGCUCCUCUGAAGGACUUCGCUGGAUGAGCCUCUUUGAGUUGGAGCACGGGGAACCAGGACCAGGACCACAGGGACCAAGACCUGGUCCAGUGGGACCAGGACCAGGCCCGGUGGCAGCUCUGGCCUCCAGCCGGUCUCUGUUCUGGUCCAGCCGAGGCUCCGUGUUCAGAGUCUCUGUGGACGGACCGGAGGAGGGUCCGGCGCUGGUCCUGACGUUUGAAGGUUCGGCAUCGGGUCUGGCCGUGGACUGGAUCCACCGGCUGCUCUACUGGACCAGCACGGAGAGCGGUUCUGUUCACGUGGGCCUGCUGGACGGUUCUGCUCAGCGCCGGCUCGUCACGGGGCUGGAGAACCCGUCGGCGGUGGCUGUGGAUCCUCUGCAGGGACACAUCUUCUGGGCUCAGUGCGGCGCCGCCCCUCAGAUCGUGCGGGCCAACCGGUCCGGGGGGGACCGGGUGGUUCUGGUCUCCUCCGCGCUGCGCCGGCCCGUCGCUCUCUCUCUGGAUGUUCCUCGCCAGCUGCUGUUCUGGGCCGACCGGGGAACCCGGAGCAUCUCCAGGGUCUCUCUGGAGGGCCGGCACCGCAAGACCGUGGUGGAGUCCAACGGGUACCUGGACCGGCCCCUCGGGCUGGCUGUGUUCGAGGGUUUCGUGUUUUGGACUGAGGAGGCGACGCGCUCCCUCUGCAGAGCGAGUAAACACGACGGCCUCCAGCUGCAGGUCCUGCUGUCCAACAUCAGCUCCCCGGGAGGGCUGGCUGUCCAUCACCCGGCUCUCCAACCCAAAGGGCCGUCUGCAUGCGGCCCGGCCUGUGUGGGCCGGUGUGCCGUGACCCUGACCCCGGGCCUGGAGUUCAGCUGCUCUGCUGCCGACGCCUCCUUCCCCGGGACGCUCUCUCUUAUCGCCUGCUGCUGGUGCUUCUGGCUCUCUGCUGGUGGAAAGAGGAGUUCAGGUACUUCAAGUCUCUCACUGAGCAGAGCUUCUCCCUCAAAGAGUCCCAGGACCCCCUCAUCCAGGACCCCCUCCUCAUCAUCCAGGGUCCAAACACAUGUCUCAUCAAGGAAACUCUGCUGCAGCCGGACCGCCUGGACGGAGAAUGAAGAGACGCCGACGACGGGCCGGUGGACUGAUGGUACCGACCGGUGGACUGAUGGUACUGACCGGCGGCGUCACCACGACCCCGCGGUGAUCUCGUGGCGGCCGUUAAAAUCACAAAAGAAAUGACCCGUUGGUGAACAGCAGAGUUCAGACAGUGAAAGCUUCUCAAACGGUUCUGAUCCCCCAGAGUUCUGGUCCUGCACAGUUCUGGUCCUCUAGAGUUCUGUUCCCCCAGAGUUCUGGUCCUCCUGUUUCUCCUCCGUUGCGGUUGAGGGGUCCACGGAGCUGCUCCUGGGUGUGGUGUAGUGGUCCGGUUCUGUUGGACCGGGUCUGGGUCUCUCAGGGAGACGUGACUCUGUGUGUUUGGUAUUUAUUUCUAACGAGGUUUAGUGUCGUGUCCUGUAACGUUGAGUUAAUGAAUAAAGUUUUGUCCACACGUCAUAAA